CGCUGCGCGCGUCACUGAGGCCCCGGGCGCCCGAGGACGCGCUCUGCAGCCAGUGGGAGGGGGCGCCGUGUGCUCGGGAGGAUCCGCGGCCCGCGGUCCCUGGUCGCUGGCUCCGUCCCCCGCAUCCCCGAGCUCACACCUGCCCGCGCGGAGGAGCAGCGGCCGGGCGCGCUCUGAGCCGGGAAAGCCGAACAGCUCAGGAGAGUUCCCGGACUCCCCAGCCCCAGGUGGGCCUUGGGCACAUCAUGUCCAGUUUUGAAGAUGCUGACACAGAAGAGACAGUAACUUGUCUCCAGAUAACGGUUUAUCAUCCCGGCCAGUUGCAAAGUGGAAUAUUUCAGUCAAUAAGGUUUUGUAACAGAGACAAACUCCCUUCCAGUGAAGUGGUGAAAUUUGGCCGAAAUUCCAACAUCUGUCGUUAUACUUUUCAGGACAAACAGGUUUCUCGAGUUCAGUUUUCUUUGCAGCUGUUUAAACAAUUCAACAGCUCAGUUCUCUCCUUUGAAAUUAAAAAUAUGAGUAAAAAGGCCAAUCUGAUCAUGGACAGUAGAGAGCUGGGCUACCUAAAUAAAAUGGACCUGCCAUACAAGUGCAUGAUCAGAUUCGGAGAGUAUCAGUUUCUGAUGGAGAAGGAAGAUGGAGAAUCAUUGGAAUUUUUUGAGAUUCAGUUUAUUUUAUCUCCAAGAUCACUCUUGCAAGAAAACAACUGGCCACCGCACAGGCCCAUACCCGAGUAUGGCAUUUAUUCGCUCUCUUCCUUCCAAAGCAGUUCUCCUACAGAAAUGGAUGAAAAUGAGUAAUGAACACAGAAAGUCUCAGAGAAGAAAUGUGAAGGACAAAGAACUCUGUGGAUGCUCUGCAGACACUACUUAUUAAGCGUUUGUUAGGGUAGUAUGUUAUAGUCAUCUGUUGUGCUGUGAAAUUUGGAAUUUCAGUAUUAUCACUUUGAAGUCUGUAAAUUGUGUUAGUCAUUAACUUAGUCACCUGUUGUAUUCCUGGAGCUACACAAAAUUAUUUUAACCGCUCAUCUGUGAGGAUUAAUAUACAAAAAGAUAUCCUUUGGGAUGAAAUAGUGUUCUCAAAAUAAGGUUAUAUUAUUUUCUUUUUCUGCUUGAUUUUCAUCUGUGUUUGCUUUGUUUUUGUAAGGAACCGUCUCUUGGUUUGGUCGCAUUGUUUCACAGCAGCCAUUUGUUUUCAAGGCCAAGGCUCCAGGCAGCUUGUUACCAGUGUUCGUAGCCUGUCAGCACUUGCAGCACCGGAGUACCAGAAUAGGCUCUGGACUAGCGUCUGUGCGUCACUGUGGUUUUAGAAUGGGAGGACUUACUUGAGGAAUACUACCUUGCUUUUCCAUGACUUCUUUUUACAGAAUUGUAGUGUGUUUGCUCCUAAGAUGACAGUUCUCUUUGUCUAUGUUCAGCAUCUAGGAUAAAUAUUUAAACAUUUUAAAGCACCACUGUGUUAUGUUUAGAAUUAUUUGUUUACAAAAUUAGAAGUUUGAUUUUUAUGUGUUAUACAAAAUUUUAAAAUUUCACAAAUUCACCUUUUUAAUAGUAUCCAUGUACACAAUAAAGACAAAGCUUAAUUAGCCAUUUUCGUUGAAUUUAUUUUUCUAAAUAAGGGAAAGAACUGUUCUUGGGCCACUUUUCAUAUAUAAAUUUAUGUGAAAAUGUUUAUAAUAAAUGCUUAAAUAUUUCUAAAAUGUCAACUUUAAAAAGUAUUUUUCAGUUCUUAAUUUUUUUAAAUUUAAGAUACUUAUUCAACUCCUCUUAACUAAGAUAGUGAAUGUUGAGUAUAAUGGUAACCAUUUAGUUAAGGUAAAUUGUAGCAUUGCCAGGUAGUAAGGCUUACUGUACAAUUUUCCAGGUAAACGAAAUUUCCUAUAGUAAGAGGUCCAUAUUUUUGUAACAUCCUUUAAAAAAUGCUUUUGUGAACUCUCCAGCCUCUUAACAAAACAGGCUUUAAACCUCUUCUUGAUUCAGACCAUCAGUCUAUUCCUGGGCAAUAGCAUGUGAUAUCCAGCACCCUAACCCUGACUCCCCAGCCCUGGAACUAUCCCAGUAGGGUGAAAUAUUUGUCCCUAUGCAAAGUGGCCUGAAUGACUCUUUAGUUCCUGCGUCUAGUUUUCCUGCUUAUUCCCCGUGAUGGGCAGAGUAAUGAUCCAUCCAAAGAUGUUCAGGUGUCCAUGUGAUAGUCUCCAGGACUUGUAAUUGUGCUGCUACAUGGCAAAGGGGAAUUAAGGCUGCAGCUGGAAUUAAAAUAGAUUAUGCUGGAUUAUCUGGGUGUGCCCAAUUGAUCACCAGAUCCUUAAAAGUGGAAGAGAGACAGAUCAGUAUGUCAGAGUGAUGAGGUGUGAGGUGGACUUGACCUGCUGUUGCUGGGAGGAAGGAUAUCGUAAGCCAAGGAAUGUGGAUGGUCCCUUGAAACUGGAAAGUGUGCAUUGAACAUCUGGAAGCUGGAAAAGACAAACCCCCAGAAAGGAACAAACUCUUGUGGACACCCUGAUUUUGGUCCAGUGAGAUAUGUUUGACUUGUUAACCUACAGAACUUUAUGAUGAUAAAUUUGUGUUUGUCGUAAGCCACUGCAGUAAUUUGUUACAGCAGCAAAUAGAAAACUAAUAUACUCCCUUUAGUCUAAGAUUAUCUACUACUGAUUCUUUCUAGGAUUAGAACUUCCUGUAUGAUGUGGAUUUUUAGCCACAUCACCCAGCUUCUUAGAAUUGCUUACAGUGUGUAGUGUCAUGAGAACGCCUUUCUAUGGGUGAAGUAUAUAUACUUUAAUAUGUACAUACUGUCACAUUUUGACAAUUUUGGAAGACUUUCACCUCUGUUUCUUGUCUUUGAGGCUGAUGAAUGUGUUUCUAAGUUAUAAAUUUAAUAUUAAGGAAUUCAUGUAUUAUUGUUAUUGAACCCAAACAAUGUGUUAAGUAAUAUUUAGGGCCAGGAAAAUCUCAUGCUCAUACGGAAUAAUGAUAUCUCCUAAUGUAUAUCUUGGAAAGAGUUUUGUUCAACUUGAUAAAUAUUAAUUUUUUUUUCUA